GGAGUCCAUAGCUAAGCACCAGGAGCCAAGCACUGCCCGCUGUGCCUGCCUGAGAGUCUCCGGCGUGGCUCAGGAGAAAAUGGGCCUGUACUCUGGGCCUGACACAUCUGAUGGGGUCACCCUGAGGCGAUCCAGAAGUGCUCCCCUGAUCCGUGGGCUCAGUGAUCUUUCACAGGUUUUUCAACCUUACACUUUUAGAACCCAGAGGAAUAGUGCAACGAUUAUGAGCCAUCACAGCUUGGAAGAAGGCCUGGAUUUAAUGAAGAGAAAAACUGCACAUGAAAGAGCAAUACAAACGGCAGUGCAGAUGAGCCAGUCAUGGGAUGAGAGCUUGAGCCUGAGCGAUAGUGAUUUUGACAUGCCAGAGGAAUUAUAUUCUCCUAAGAGAAUUGACUUCACUCCAGUUUCUCCAGCACCUUCUCCCACCAGAGGAUUUGGAAAGCAAUGCUUUUCACCAUCCCGGCAAAUGUUUGUGAAUGGCAGUGGUUUGCCAUCGAGUCCCGUGUCUAGUCCAAGACGAUUUUCAAGCAGGCGGAGUCAGAGUCUAGUGAGGUGCAUCAAGCCCAGUGUUCUUUGUCCUGUUAAAAGAAAAGGUGAAAUGGAGGCAGAAAGCCAGCCCAAGAGACUCUCCCAAGGCGCUACCAACAUGCUGUCUCCGGAGGCCGCACAGUUGUCUGAUCUCAGCUCAUGGUGGUGUUAUCAAGGAGAAGAAAUUCCUGCCUUGACCAGAUGUGUGGAGCACCUACAAAUGAAUGAAUAAUGUUAUUUCCACACAAAGCGCUGUGUACAAAAGCGUCCAGGAAGCUGUCAGUGUUGCGGGUAGUAGUAUGAGGCCCUAGGUGCCUUGGGGUACAUUGUUAUGCUGGAAGGGACGUACAUCAUAAUGGAGGGUGGAAAAGAAGGGUUUACGUGUGUGAUCGCCACAUACUGUUUCAGUUGCUGCUUUUUUUUUUUUUCGGAUUCUUUUUGUCAUCGUUUGUUUUAUCGUGUUGUGACUAGUGUUUUGAUUAUUGUGUUGCCACCAGAAUCAGAAUCCAGUUCUUGUUCUUUCUGCUUUAUAGUAAGGGCAGUUGAAUAGCUUAGGAAGAAGCUUUUAGGAGCUGAAAAAAGUCGAUGUUGUCGUGCAUUCUGCUUUUAAGAAGCUGUUUGAGCUAUGAACAGUGUACGUGCCAGUAAGUGUAAGAUACCGUAAGUUAUUUAAUUUUAAAAGAGGAAACUCCUGACUGAGCUAUUUAAGAAACCUGAAUGUAAUAGAUUGUUAAUGUUAUUCAUUAUUUAUUACUGUGUAAAAUGUCGUGGUAGAUUUCUUUUCAUGUUCAGACAUCGUGGUUGGAUUGUCCGUAUUUAAUAUGCAAAUCUGCCCCGCUAGGAUCAGAAUGCCCAUUUUUAAAUGAAUGUAGCAAAGGGAACUACUGCGUUUGUGUCUUUUGAAGGCAAAGAUGCUUGAAUUUUAAAAAAAGAUGAUGUGCUUUGAAGGCACUCGGACUAGUGACAGUGGAGGGCUUGAAGAGAAACCCGUUCUCUGUCAAUUAUAAGAGAACAUCACUUAACUCGCAAUAGUUCUGUUAGACCAUCAGAUGUGUUCUUAUUUUAAAUUGUAAUCACCACCAUUAUGGCCAUUAAUGGCUUUAUUUCUUGUAUUGCUUUUGUCUGUGCAAAGCCCAUAAUCUUUCAAACCUAGCAUAAAUGUAUCUAUUAUGAACACUGUCCUCUAGUAUGCCAUUAUGAAAAAAAAUUCUUUGAUGAUAUUCAGUGUAUCUGUGUGCAAGAGCACCAUGGUGAGAUGUUUCUGCCUUUGUAAUGAUUAGAGAUGGUUUUGUCUUACAGGAAAUUGAUCCACCUUCACUCUGCCGUCUUCUUUGCCUUAAAGGGACACUUUUGGUCAUCAUUUGGGGGCUCUAAUUUAAGGCCAUUAAGAAAUAAACUUUGGAAUGUGAUACCUACAUUUAUUUUUUAAAUUCAGUGGUGGGGUAGAGCUGGGGCAGGAAAUUGAAAUUGUUUCAACGAUAUGAGAACUAGGAGGCAAGACGAUUCACUUUAUUGUUUAAACCAAGGUUUAUUUUAGUUUGUAUUUUUUAAAUGGACUAGAAAAUUCAGUUUAUGCAGGGAUUUUUUUGAAAUAGAUAAAAGAGAGAUGCUGAUCCGCAGAUGAGUUUUGUUGACAGUACCCCUUUAUUUUUAUAUAAGGCCUAAUAUUUGAAAAGUGAUCAUUGUUAUAAAGUCGAAUUCUCUCUUCCUAUUCUAUCAUACUGUAUUUUGGGCUUCUAUUUGAAAACAGAUACAAGCAAUGAGACUGUAUACUAAAGUCCUGUAGAUACUGUUUUUGCUUGACUGACUUAUAUACUCACUGUAUUUCAUAACUGCUUUUGUAAUAAUAUGAAGUUUUGUGAAAUGCUGGCCUUGUGUAUAUCUUAGAAUGCAAAUUUAAUAAAGUGUAUACAC